CUGUUAUUUAGUCUUGACCUUACAGGAGGUAUUUUGACAAAAGAAGAUUUUGCAUCGUAUCGAUCAGUACUGAUUCCCUCGUCCGAAGUCAUCUACACCAAACUGAGUAAUGGCCGAAUGAUUUGCGGACCUCCACCUCCUUCUGCAUCUGCUGUAACUCAAGCAAUAUUGAGUGUUAUGGAUGGGUACAAGUACAAUACGAAAAAAAUUGAAGACAUUGGCCUUCUCUACCACCAUUUCAUCGAAUCUUCGAAAUUCGCAUACGCAGCUCGUAGUUGGCUUGGUGAUCCCGCUUUUGUACAUAAUGCGACCGACACUGCUCGAAACAUAACGACGAACGAAUCAUUGAUAACCGACGAGACACAUCCGGAUGAGUACUACGGCGGAUCUUUUCUGGCACCGCCAACUGACCACGGCACUUCGCAUAUUUCUGUGAUUGACAGUGCAGGAAAUGCGGUGGCAGUAACUUCUACUAUAAAUCUAUAUCUAGGAGCAGCGGUGACUUCAUCUUCGACUGGAAUACUUUGGAAUGACGAAAUGGACGAUUUCUCCUCACCUGGACGUCCGAACUACUUUGGCAUCCCGCCAUCGCCUGCAAACUUCAUCCGACCUGGAAAAAGACCGAUGAGCAGUCAGAGCCCUAUUAUUAUCUUCAACACGAAAGCUGAUAGGAAAAUCAAGCAACAAGUUCUGGCUGUUGGUGGAGCAGGCGGUUCGACGAUCAUCAGCGGUGUGGCAGGAGUUGCUUUGCAUAAUCUUUGGCUGAAAGCAAAUGUAAAACAAGCUGUGGAUGCACCUCGUCUUCAUAAUCAGCUCCGGCCGAAUGUCACUAUGUACGAGCCAAACUUCCCCAAGGUCUGGCCUGAUCCGUCCUGUUCUGUUCCCACAGAUUGCUCACAAAUGGGUAUUUCGCUUUAGGA